UGUUUGCAUGGUGAAAAAAGAGAAAACAGAAGUCAACGAAGGCUUCAUUAUGGACAAAUAAAGAAGUGGUCGUCCAGGAUGAGUUUAAAGACCCCGGAAAGGAGAUGGGAUUUGUUUUGGAGAUCGUGCGUGAUGCCAAACUUGUUGGGGUGCCUUCAGGGUUGAGCAAGUUGGUUGAGGAAGGAGAAGGAGUUUUCUGGUCCACUCUUUGGAGCUCUUUCUCCCUUCCCCGUGCAUGGAAGUUGAGGGGAGUUGGAGCUGGGCAAGGAGAAGACAUGCUGAAAGGUCAGGAGGCAACUUUCUCUCGCCUGAGCUAAAGCAGGACUUGACGCUCUUUACGCGCGUGUAUUUCUUCUUUUUUGCGCUUGCGUCGUUUUCUCUCUCCACUUCUGGAAAGCAGAGCGUGGUUAAAUGGGGGCAUUGCGGUAGGCUGUAAGUAACCACGAAGAAAGAAGAAAGCUGUGGACUAUUUAUCAAUGAACUACAAAAAGGGAGGGAGAUAAAUAAAUAAAAUUAAAAAAAAACACUACCCAAAAAGAGGGAGGACAGGCUGAGGAGCGCAAUGGCAGGGAGGGAGACGCAGAGCAAGGCGUCUGUUUACCGCUCUGUCUCCUUCAGAAAGCUGGAGAGCUGGAACGUAAAUAAAAGUGGAGUCGAGGACCAGCAACACCACAAAUCAGAGGAUUUAGAAAGCGCAGCCCUCCCCCCUCAGGCAGCCGAGACAGCAGGCGAAAAAGCACAGCCCUCGGACACGCCGAGUGUUGCUGUGGCAAGAAAAGUUUCCAAAAUCUCAGCAGCCAGCCUCUCAACCGCAGAGCUAAAGACAGGCUCCGCUCUCACGGCUGCACCCUCAGUCCGCCUGCUCUCUGAGAAGUUCAGUGCUGGGAGCUCAGCAGCAGGCAAGUCCGCAGCCAGGGUUAGGACAGAUGAUUCCCCUUCGCAGGACCCUAAAUGUUUACCUGAUCAGAGCAGAGACCCUGUAGAUCUUCCCCCAGCUGACCAGCCAGCCAAGGAUCAUAAAUAUCACUCGGCCCAGGAGUCAGUGUCUGGCUCCGAUUCAGACAGAGGUCCGAGACGGAGGGUCCGAAAGACAGAAGGUAAGAGAGGCUCUUCUGAAAUCUCUGCUAGCUCUGCCAACUUUCACACCUUGAAUUCAGAAGAUGAUGUUUUUGUCUUAGGGGCUCCGGCGUACAAGUCUCAUCGCAGCUAUCGCUCUUCGUAUGGUGAGACCGUUCUCGUUGACUCGAACUGGCCGAGCGUUACCAAAAUUAGAGAGCUGUUUGGGGACAGACACAGAAAGCAGCACAGGUCGACGUCGGACGCAGACGACUUAAAGUCGGCUGGCCAUCACCUCCAUUCCUUCGACGGCAGCACCUCUUCAGACAGAAGCGGCAGACAGUCGCCGCUGCCAAGAGGAGCCUGGCAGGAUGCGAACAGCUCCGAUUAUGGGGCUGGCAGACUGUCUGUGGACUUACUAAGCUGUAAGGAGAAAACAUGUCAGGGUAUGGACUCUACUUUUAGCACUGAAAAGUACUCUCGUGAUGAUCUUUGCUGUGUGAAGGAAAGAAAGAAGUCGUCAGAUAAAAGCGGAUUGGAGAGCCACAGAAGUGGCAGAAAGGGAGCCGAGAGCUGGCCAGGAAGAGUGGACGGUGACCUCAAGCCCUCUCCCCCAACCCCCCCACCUCGCAGUAGCUCAGUCGCCUUGCCUCUCAGGUCCCGCUCGUGUGCUUACCGCGAGCAGCUGCAGGAGCAGAGGCAGAGGGCAAAGCAGCCGCAGCCACCAGAUAGUUUGCAUUCCUCACAUAGCUCCUCAAAACCACACAAGGGCCUCUCCGUGGAAGUGGAACCGUCCAGCACUCACGGGAGAGUGAGCUCCGGAGAGGAGGAGGAGGAGGAGGAGGAGGAGGACGAGUCUGGAGGACAGUCAGGUAGAAACACACUCUCUUUCUUUGGCAGCAGUGGAGGAACUGGCACAUACUUCUCCCGGAACAACAAGCAUGGCGCUUUGGCAAAGCCACUGCGAAGGUCUUCGGGUAGUGAGGAAGAUAGUCCUGUAGGUUUAGCUCAUCACAGCAGGGACGUCAGACGUCGUUCUUUGAGGAAAAAGAAGAAAAGCAGUUGCAGUAGAGAUAAUGGAGAGUCAGAUGAUAGCGACGACCAGCCUUUGAUGAUGGAGCAUCUAGAGCGCCACCAGCAGUCCUGCGAUUCACAGAUGGAGGGCCGCAGACUUGAGGGUUUCCGGUCUAGGGCCUGUUUUGGUGGACAAACGUGGGAGCGAGGGCACCCAGCUCAGGGUUCCUCUGUAGUUCAGGACAGUUACAGGCGCCUGUAUAAAGCAUCUGAGGGACAAGUUGGUGCUAGUCACAUCCCACUCGUCUCACGGGUGUCCAAGGUAACCAUCCCCUCAUUUCUUCUAAGUCCCUUGGGGUCACGGAGUAGCAGCAGAUAUUCCAGUACUGAGACCCUGAAGGAAGAGGAUCAGCCACCUAGUGUUUCCAGUGCCUCAUCCUCUGUUCUAAGCAAAACAUAUCAUGGCAAUGCCACUAUGUACCGCUCACCUAGUUUUGGCCAUGGAGACAACUUUUCUCGCUCCCCUGUCCAUGUUCGACCCAGGCUGGUGCCUGGCUUAAGUCCAGGGGAUCGUGUCCCUGGUGUCUCAGAAAAUAGGCUGUACCGCCGUUCUGUCAUAAAUGAAAAGGAGCAAGAUAGAAUAUCAAUGUCGAAUCCUGACAUUGCUUCAGAAACUCUAUCACUGCUUAGCUACCUGAAAACUGAUUUGUCAGAGCUUAGGAUGAAGAGGAGAGGACGAGAUGGUGAAGAAGGGCUCAACUCCAGCUUUCAGGGUGGUCAAGGAACGUCAACUGUGUACAGAAUGGGCUCCAGAACCACUGGGAUGAAUGCUAGAAGGCCCUCACUGAAAGAUCUCACUGCCACUUUGAGAAGGGCCAAAUCAUUCACUUACUCAGAGAAGCCACUAGGGCGGUGCUAUUCUGGGAGUGGGUCAGCUAUGAGGAGUUCCUCUGAGCAGAGACUGGAUUGUGAAGGGGAUGGAGAACGAGUAGUGGUCUCUGACAGGGAGGUGGAGAGUGAUGAUUGCAGAGGUGGCUAUGGCUAUGAUGAGCCCAUGCCGACCCCUCUACAAGACCGCUAUGUUCAAGAAGCAAGACAGGUUAUAAGGGACAUUUGCAAGAUGAGUGCUAGCAAGGAUGAGGAUGAUGAAGAUGAAGGUUUCAAAGGAAAAGAGAGUUUUGUCCUGGAGGAAGAUGGCAAAGAAACAGAAAAAAUAAAGCAACAGGAGAAGAUUGAUGGCCAAAGUGUAGUCACUCAGUACAAAGAACAGUCUGACAGAGAAAGUGAAGAAUGCUUACAGAUGGGAAACUCUGAGGAGAAUGUGUUCUAUGAUAAGUCACUGGACGAGCUCUCUGGACAUGAGUCCAGUCUGACAGAUGAAGGAAUAGUAACAGAGCCGGAGGCUGGAGGGCCGUCCUCUAGCACAGACCUGCUCGGCCAGACGCUCACUGUUUGGAAUCAGUCUGGACUGUAUGAGGAACAGUUGGCUGACAUGACACUGGAGAAGUCUCUCUCUGUUCCAGCCCCAUCUGUGCGGACAGAAUAUGAGGCAGUAGCCAUUGGAGGAGACAUAAACAUCAGUAAAAACGUCAGUCAGGCAGCUAUAGAGGCUCCUCCGACUCCCAGUGCUCUUAGAAGGCGGAGAAAAUUCUCUUCAGCCGGCAACAAUGGCUCGGACUCCAGCAAUGGAAGUAAUGGGGAAUCAAAUGGUGAGUCUGCUUACCGCUCUCUCAGUGAUCCCAUGCCUCGCCGUCGCUCGGUCACGGAGGAUGCUAGUAAUGGCUUCUCUGUGGACAGCAACUUGCUCGGCUCACUCUCUAUAAACGCCAAGGUGGGGGUUGGUGUGAACUCCUCCGCAGCAGAUCUGUCUGAGUGCACUGGCAGUGCAGCCAGUGACCUUUCUGUGUGUAGCGACAGUCUGAGGGAUUACAGCACUGUGAUCCAGAGCAUCAUGCACGAACCUGGUGCUAUGGACAAAUUAAUCGAUGAGAAGGCAAACGGAAAAGCAGUGAAGAAGAAAAGCUUCAGUGACCCCAGCAGACGGGGAGAACUAGCCGCUCCAACCGCUGAAGUCCAGAAACACCCGAACGAACCUAUUAACGAGACAGAGCAAUCCAUCCCACCUUCCAGCAGUGAGCCGAUCCUCUCGGAGCAGCGAGAUGAGCUAUGGGAGUUGAACAGUGAACAACGACAGGCUUAUACUGGCAGAAGAUCUCGAUCCCAAUCAGAACAUGUUCUGCCCUCUCAUCUCGACCGCAACGGCGAUGCUAAAGUGGACAGCGAGGAGUCCAGUUUCACCUUCGACCCAAAGCUGGCCCAGGUGUUGUCACCAUGCAUAAGUCGCAGCAGCUACAAGAAGCGUACUCACCGGGUCACACAUCAGCAGUCCUGCGAUGAUGGGGAUCAGCUAGAGGAGCAGCAUGAGGACCAGGCCCUUGAAGAUCAGGAUGACUCCGCAUCCAUCCUGCCUCAACUCCCACCUAAAAUCAGGCCCAAACAUGUGCGCCAUGCUAGCGAACCGGCCACCUUUGUACCUAUUGUGCCCUCCAAUGCGAUCCAAGACCGACAAGGUAGCACUUUUAAAGCUCCUGAACCUUCAAGGCCUUCAAAACACAGCCAAGGGGAGGGAACCCCUUCCCUUGAGGAUGUGACGGAGCAGUAUAUCCUGGCAUUGAACCCACCUGAAGGGGCUUCGGAUGCCCCUGCGUCUGCUGAAGAAGCUGCGGCAGAGGGUACCAGAUCCGUACCUGCAACUCCAACCUCAAACGAUGAACCUAAACUUCAGAGGAAGUCCAGCGUAGAGCUGACCCCAGCCCCACUUAAAGCCAAGCCUCGAGUGACCCAGGGAGCGUGCCGCAUGCUGCAGAUGGUGCGGACCCUCGCCCAGUUCACCAUUGCCUUGGAGGAGAUGCAGGAGAACGGAGAGAGUGGUGGAGAUGAUGGAGGUGGUGGAGGGGGCGGGGCAGCCGGGGAAGAACCUGUGGACAGGCCAGCAUCCGAGUCUAAUGGAAACGGGGGAGUUAAUGGGAACCCCCAGACCAGCGCUGAGGAUAUGAGAAGACAUGUGAUUAUGACUCUGCUGGACACUGAACAGUCUUAUGUGGACUCAUUACGGACACUGAUCCAGGGCUACAUGAAGCCUCUGAAGCAGCCAGAAAAUUCUCCCAUGUGUGACCCGUCUCUGGUGGAUGAGAUGUUCUAUCAGAUCCCUGAAAUCCUGGAACAUCAUGAACUCUUUCUGGAGCAGGUUCUCACCUGCGUCAACAACUGGCAUGACCGCCAGACCGUCGGACAGCUGCUCGUCCAGUCUUUCUCCAAAGAGGUCCUGGCCAGUAUUUACUCCGCCUACAUCGACAACUUCCUGAACGCCAAAGACGCAGUGAGGAUCGCCAAGGAGGCCAAACCCGCUUUCAUGAAGUUUCUAGAGCAAAGCAUGCGUGAGAAUAAGGAGAAGCAGGCUUUGGGGGAUUUGAUGAUCAAACCUGUCCAGCGCAUCCCGCGAUACGAGCUGCUGGUAAAAGACCUGCUGAAACACACUCCAGAAGACCACCCGGACCACCCGUUCCUGCUGGAUGCUCAGAAGAACAUAAAGCAGUUGGCUGAGAGGAUCAAUAAGGGCCGGCGGAAUGCGGAGGAGGUGGAGCGGGAGACGAGGGUCAUGCAGGAGAUUGAGGCACAUAUAGAGGGAGUGGAGCACAUCCUGAAUCCUCAGAGGAAGUUCCUCAGGCAGGAGAUGGUGAUGGAGGCGAAGUCAGUAGGAGGGAAGAAGGAUCGUUCUUUGUUUUUGUUUACUGAUCUGCUGAUCUGUACGACUCUGAAGAGGAAGUCCGGUUCGUUACGGAGGAGCUCCAUGAGUCUAUACACUGCUGCUAGUGUCAUUGACACCUCAAGUAAAUAUAAGUUUCUAUGGAAACUGCCUUUGGAGGAUAUAGAAUUAGUGAAAGGCUCUAAUCAGGCCACUAACAAGGACGCGAUCCAGAAAACGAUCAGCCGUCUGGAUGAGGACCUCAGUACACUUGGCCAAAUCAGCAAACUGUCAGAAACGCUCAGCUUUCCACACCAGAGUCUGGAUGACGUGAUAAAGGACCUGAUGGCGUCAGUUCACAGGGAGUUGGCUGAGAAACAGUCUCUGGCCUUCAGCAUGACCUUCCUGCCCACCAAGCUGGAGCUGACCACAGCGUCCGCUGAGAGCACCUUCGUCUUUGAGUUCAGCAGUCCAGACGCUCGCAGCAACUUCGAACAGGCCUUUGAGGAGGCCAAGAAGAAGCUGGCGAUGAAUAAGGACCAGUGGGACCCUGAGUUUCUGAAAGCCAUUCCCAUCAUGAAGACCCGCAGUGGGAUGCAGUUCUCCUGCGCCUCUCCCAGCCACAGCUGCCCGGAGAACACCUACGAGGUGUGGGUGUGUAACAGCGACGGUUAUGUAGGUCAGGUGUGUUUGCUGAAUAUUCGAGAUGAGCCCACAGUGGAGGCCUGCAUUGCCGUCUGCUCCGCACGCAUCAUCUGCAUCGCCGCUGUACCAGGACUCAAGAGCAGCCCCAGAGAGCGUGUGGAGUCCAGGCAUUCUGCCCCUGCCGCCCCUUCCGAACCGCCACCGACCCCCUCCAUCCAGCCUCAGCAGCCACAGCUCCACAUCUCCAUCUCAGGCUCUUCUUUGGAGCUCAGCGAGCCCCCCACAACCACCAUCCCGGAGCUGGUGCCAUUUGACAGCGACGAUACUGACGAUGAAGACUCCCCGAGUCCUUCAUCCACACUGCAGAGCCAAGCGUCGCACUCCACCAUCUCUUCCAGCUACGGCAAUGAUGAGACAGCAGGCUGUAAGGACAUGGCUACAGAGACCACGAGUUCGGAGGAGGAGCAGGAGUUUCCCGUGUCCAGCACGUUCGGAGCGCAGCGGCUGAGCGCCGAGAGCCCAAUGGAUGGGCGGGCAAUGCGACGCUCCAGCCGGGGGUCCUUCACCCGCGCCAGCCUUGAGGACCUGCUAAGCAUUGACCCCGAGGCCUACCAGAGCUCCGUCUGGCUCGGCACAGAGGACGGCUGCAUCCACGUGUACCAGUCUUCAGACAACAUCAGGAACAGGAAGAACAGUAUGAAGAUGCAGCAUGCGGCCUCCAUCCUCUGCAUCCUGUAUCUUGACAACAAGGUGUUUGUGUCUCUUGCCAAUGGUGAAGUGAUUGUUUAUCAGAGGGAAGCAGGUAGUUUUUGGGAUCCUCAGAGUUCUCAGACGUUGUGUUUGGGUUCCCCGAGUGGACCGGUCACUAAGAUGGUUCCUGUGGCCGGUAAACUGUGGUGUGGCUGCCAGAACAGAAUCCUCAUCAUUAACACCAGCACUUUAGCUCAGGAGCACUCAUUCCAGGUUGGUCAGGACAGUGGGCGCUGUGUGACCUGUAUGGUCAGUUAUGGUCAGGGUGUCUGGGUGGCUCUUCAGGGCAGUGCUCAGGUGCGCCUGUAUCACUCCACCACCUAUGAGAGCCUCACUGAAGUGGACGUGGCUCCAGCAGUGCACAAGAUGCUGGCAGGCUCUGACGCCAUCAUCCGUCAGCACAAAGCUGCGUGUUUGCGGAUCACAGCUCUGCUGGCCUGUCGGGACGUGUUGUGGAUUGGGACGAGUGCGGGAGUUGUUCUGACCCUGUCCAUCCCCCCUGUGUCAUCCAGUGUGGGGACGGGGUCAGUGAGGACGCCCCUCCUGCCCAUGGGCUCCGCUCACGGACACACCGGACACGUCCGCUUCCUGACCUCCAUAGAGCUCCCCGAGGGAUUCGACGUCAGCUUCCCUUCCCAGACAGAACCAGCUAACUCAACUCAGUCCAGCUCAGAGGUCAGCAGCAGUGUGGGCCUUCAGCGACGAGACUCCGCCCACCGCCGGGCAUCCACUCUCCUCCAGGCCAAGUCCAGCCUGCUGGUCAUCAGCGGAGGGGAUGGAUACGAGGACUUCAGGCUGACCAGCAGCAGCGAGACAGUGGGCCGGGACGACAGCACCAACCACCUGCUGCUGUGGCGUGUCUGAAAUAAGCUCCGCCCAUUGCCAGACUCUAUGUGUGGGAGGCUCCGCCCCUCUACGCCAGCCGCUGGCCGCACACAUGCGCUCUUUAAUCACCUUCCCACCCCCCUCAACCCAGCUGUUCUCCAAACAUCUGCAUCUCAAGGCCUGAAACCUGCUAGCUACGUGCAUGAGCAUUACACAAACUGAAAACAAACAAACAAAAGCAAGGGGUUGUUUUGUUGUUGUUUUUUCAUUCCGUUGUGUUAACGGUUGUUGAGUUAUACUUUCUGUCACUUUGUCCAAUGGUGUAAGAAGUGAACUUUGCUCUGCUUGUGGUGUUUUUUUCCUCGUGGGCUCCUUUUACAUGUAGUGAGAAAAAAAAACGCAGGAUUGAUGUUAAGAAGAAAGAAAGGAUGGUGAAAAGAAGGAAUGACGGAAGGAUAGAGAUAGAAUAACAGAAAAGAAGGAAAGAAAAUACAAGAGAAAAAAAAAAACGAAAGAGCGUCUGAGGACUCGUGGCGAUUUAGCAAAUAAGCCGAGUACCUUAUUUUG